GUAAGCUUGUCUUUGUGCAUGCAGAGAGAGACACACACACAACCUUGUUCCUCUCAUCGUUUGUGAGCCAUGACGGACGGUCAUCUCUUCAACAACAUCACCCUCGGAGGUCGCGGAGGCACCAAUCCAGGGCAGAUGAAAAUAUAUUCAGGAGGAAUUGUAUGGAAGAGACAGGGGGGUGGUAAAUUAAUUGAAGUUGAUAAAUCUGAUAUAAUGGGGGUGACAUGGAUGAAGGUUCCAAGGACUAAUCAACUUGGCAUUCAGAUCAAAGACGGGUUGUACUACAAGUUCACUGGAUUCCGUGAUCAGGAUGUUGCAAGUUUGACCAGUUUUUUCCAAAACACCUGUGGAAUAACAGUAGAGGAGAAGCAGCUUUCCGUUAGUGGGCGUAAUUGGGGAGAAGUUGAUCUAAAUGGGAAUAUGCUUGCUUUCAUGGUUGGUUCGAAGCAAGCUUUUGAAGUGUCUUUAGCGGACGUCUCUCAAACACAACUUCAAGGGAAAAAUGAUGUGAUCCUGGAGUUUCAUGUGGAUGACACAACUGGAGCUAAUGAGAAAGAUUCAUUGAUGGAGAUAAGUUUCCACAUACCAAAUUCCAAUACCCAGUUUGUUGGUGAUGAAAAUCGUCCUCCUGCUCAGGUCUUCCGUGACAAAAUAAUGUCUAUGGCUGAUGUUGGUGCUGGAGGUGAAGAUGCUGUUGUUACAUUUGAUUCAAUUGCAAUCCUUACACCAAGGGGUCGAUACAAUGUUGAGCUACACCUGUCAUUCUUGCGGCUUCAAGGACAGGCUAAUGAUUUCAAAAUCCAGUAUAGCAGUGUGGUUCGCCUAUUUUUACUUCCUAAGUCUAAUCAGCCACAUACCUUCGUCAUUAUUAGUCUUGAUCCUCCUAUUCGGAAAGGGCAAACUUUGUACCCUCAUAUUGUGAUGCAGUUUGAAACCGAUUUUGUAGUUCAAAGUGAAUUAGCAAUGGGUGAAGAUCUUUAUAACACUAAGUACAAGGACAAGUUGGAGCUUUCUUAUAAGGGGCUCAUCCAUGAAGUGUUCACCACAAUAUUGCGUGGCUUGUCUGGUGCGAAAGUUACCAAGCCUGGAAAAUUUAGGAGUUGUCAAGAUGGUUAUGCAGUGAAAUCGUCUUUGAAAGCUGAAGAUGGAAUUUUGUAUCCCCUUGAGAAGAGCUUCUUCUUUCUACCUAAACCUCCCACUCUUAUUCUUCAUGAAGAGAUUGACUAUGUGGAAUUUGAGCGGCAUGCUGCUGGUGGUUCAAAUAUGCAUUAUUUUGACCUUCUUAUCAGACUAAAAUCUGAGCAAGAACAUCUCUUCCGUAAUAUUCAAAGAAAUGAAUACCACAAUUUGUAUGGAUUUAUCAGUUCAAAGGGCUUGAAAAUUAUGAACUUAGGAGAUGCCCAAGCCCCUGUUGGUAUGGCUAAGGUUCUUGAGAAUGAUGAUGAUGAUGCUGUUGAUCCCCAUCUUGAGCGCAUAAAAAAUGAAGCUGGUGGAGAUGAAAGCGACGAGGAGGACGAAGAUUUUGUUGCUGAUAAGGAUGAUGAAGGUUCUCCUACUGAUGAUUCUGGGGCAGAUGAUUCUGAUGCCAGUGAUAUUGGCGAUGAGAAAGAGAAGCCUGCCAAAAAGGAAUCAAAGAAGGAUCUGUCUUCUAAAGCAUCUACUUCUAAGAAGAGAUCAAAAAGUGCUGAUGAAGAUGGCAAAAAGAAAAAACAGAAGAAGAAAAAGGACCCGAAUGCACCCAAGAGAGCAAUGUCUGGUUUCAUGUUCUUUUCUCAAAUGGAAAGAGAGAAUCUAAAGAAAAGUAAUCCCGGAAUUUCAUUUACGGAUGUGGGAAGAGUACUCGGAGACAAAUGGAAAAAGAUGUCAGCGGAGGAGAAGGAACCAUAUGAGGCAAAAGCCCGUGCUGAUAAAAAACGUUACAACGAUGAGAUUAUUGGCUACAAGAAUCCACAACCCAUGAAUAUUGAUUCAGGAAAUGAAUCUGACAGUGCCUAAGUUUGUUUUAAUAUUGAAAGCAAUCCUGUCAGUUUCUUUAGAUUGACGUGAGUUUAUGCUCUUUGGGAUGGCCUGAUAACUCGUGGAGUACAUUGAAAUGUGCUCGAGAGUACUGUUCUCUGGGGGUUCAAACGGCAACUUGUUUGCCUGGCUUAAGAGAAGGCAGGAGAAGGAUGAGCUUACUCUGUGUUGACUAGGCUUAAGUGCUUAAUUAGAUUAAAGAUAAAUGUAACUCGAUCUCCUUACAUUUUGGCUGAAUGACAGUGCCUCUUUAAGUUUGUGAAUGGCUGAAAUAAAUAGGCCACCACAGUUUAUCGUUAUAACUUCAUAGAAUAUAUGAGCUUCAGCCUACUUUUUUAUUACUUUUUUUUUUCCUUUAAGGUUUGCAGUUUGAUACUUUAUCAGGGACUUGCAUCAGCAGUUUAAAAGUGAUACCUAAAGCUAAAAAUUGUUUAUAUUUGGAAAAUUUUAGUUCUGUAAGCUUUAGCACUAUUUUUUCCACAAAGAAAAGAAACAUCA